AUGGAAGUGGAGAUUGCGUUCGAGAUGGGUCCUGAGAGAAUCUUACCGAACUCUGAGGAGGAGCUAGGUCAGGAGCGGCCGUCGGACGCUGGGGUGCCUGAGGUGGGCGGGGAGUGGAGUGGAGAGGAGGAGGAUGAUAAUGGAGGUUACUAUUACCAGCCACUAAACCAGGACCCUGAUGGACUAAAUGCUGCACCAGGGGACCAUCCUGAGGAUAUGCCCCCAGUAGCAGAGCAACUGCAAGAAGUCCAGGAGAGAAUAGAGUUGAUGGGCUUGCAUCUUCCCCAGCCCCCACCCCCAGAUAGUGACGAAGACCCAGAAGGAGCACACAGCAGCGCAGCCUCCAUCCCCAUGGAUGAAGACCACGUGGAGCUGGUGAAGAGGACCAUGGCAGCAGUGGCCCUGCCCUCUCUGGCCAUCCCGGCCUGGGCUCAGGAGAUCUCGGACGACCAGUGGAAGGACAUGGUCCAGCAGACGCUCCAGACUCGCCAAAGCUCAGAAGGCCUGAGGCUAGAGCACAAAUAAGACUGAAUUUCCUCUUUCCCUCAGUCUGUCUUUAACUCUGUCCUGCAUUUCCCCAACACACUUACCCCAGUGGAGUCUGCACUGAGGUCCUCUCUGAGCAGGUGUUAGGUGUCUCAAUUCUCAAGAGAUUGUGAACUCCUCUAUGUCCAAUUCUCAUUAGAUGAUAUUUCUGAUGAAUAUUUGUUUUUCAAAGGAGGCUCUUGGUACCUACUACACCUAACCUGCUGCUAAAGGUCAUUUGUAGGGUUUGUGAAGGAGUUCGAAUGAGUAUAGUAUAUUUUGUCUCUCAGAUCAGGCAAACUCUUACCGUUUCUGCUCUGGAGGAGCUUGAAUCAGUGUACUGGAGUACGUAUUAUGAGGCUCAACGACAGUUUGGCCUUGAGUACAGAAGCACUAUUAUACCCCCCUCCCAAAAAAAUGCUUCCUGAGACAUUCCAACAUCAGAUCACCUUUGUUUGUUUUUAAUGUGAUACUUUCUAUUGGUUGUGAUUACCAUAUUAUAAUACUAUUAAAUCAGUUUUUGUUGAACGUAA